UUUUGAACUAGAAAACCUUCUCUUCGAUCUCUCUUUAUUCCAUAAACAAAAACUGUAUACUAAUUCAAAGUAGAAAUGAAGGGGAAAUAUUUGGUAACGAUUAUUCUCUUGGUUGGUACGUUAAGUGUGGGGAUGUGUUCUAAUGGUUGGAUUAGGGCUCAUGCAACGUUUUAUGGUGUUAAUGAUAGUCCUGCUUCACUUGGAGGAGCUUGUGGAUAUGACAAUCCGUACCACGCCGGAUUCGGUGCUCACACGGCGGCGCUAAGCGGUGCGCUAUUCAGAAGCGGCGAGUCAUGCGGUGGAUGCUACCAAGUGAGGUGCGACUAUUGGGCGGAUCCUAAGUGGUGUCUCCGAGGAGCCGCCGUGACGGUGACGGCAACAAACUUCUGUCCGUCGAACAACAAUGGAGGUUGGUGCAAUCUUCCUCGCCACCACUUUGACAUGUCCAUGCCUGCUUUCUUCCGCAUCGCCCGCCGCGGCAACGAAGGCAUCGUCCCCGUCUUCUACCGCCGGGUGGGAUGCAAAAGAAGAGGAGGAGUGAGGUUCACGAUGAGAGGUCAAGGGAACUUCAAUAUGGUAAUACUCUCAAACGUUGGCGGCAGCGGCGCGGUGAAAGCGGUUGCGGUGAGAGGCUCAUGGGGAAAGACUUGGCUUCAGAUGACUCGUAAUUGGGGUGCCAACUGGCAGAGCUCCGGCGAUCUCCGGGGACAGAGACUCUCCUUCAGAGUUACUCUUCUUGACCGCAAAACGAUGACGUUUUUAAACGUUGUUCCUUCUUCUUGGUGGUUCGGCCAAACCUUCUCUUCUCGAGGCCAGUUCCUCUGAGUUAGGACAACUCCUGAUAAAAACGAUGCCGUCUUGCUUGCUAAUUUUCACUUCUUUGCUUAUUUUUAUGAACUUUUGCCCUUGUUUUUUUGGGCAAUGUUCCUUUUAUUUUUAUUUUAUCACUAAAUAAUUCCAUAUGCUUAUAAUUUGUUUUAUUGAAGUGGUUUCACUCAUUUAUGUAUGAGCAUUACUCG